GCCGCGGCCGUGAACAUGGGCAGCCGGGACAUCAAGCAGUCGCUCAAGCUCAAGCGCAAGCAGGACCGAAACCUGGCCCUGCAGCUGCCCGACGAGGCCGAGCCCGGCUCCAUGCUCGACCUGGGCGUCCGGGAACUCAGAUGCGGCAACCUCGCCGUAGCCCUCAGCUGCAUCAACAAGGCCCUAGAACUGAGUCCGCGGGAUAAAAAAGCGCUGAUAGCUCGGAGCAGGUGCCACUUGUUGCUCGGCGAGCCGCAAAAGGCGCUAGAAGACGCGGAGGCGGCGCUGCGCGGUCGCUCGAGGAAGCCCCACAGCGCCAGGGCGUUGUUCGCCAAAGCCGAGGCGCUCUAUCACCUGGGCGACUUUGAGCUGAGCCUCGUUUUUUACUACCGUGGCAUGAAGAUACGGCCCGAGUUCGAUCAGUUCAGGCUCGGCGUGCAGAAAGCCAAGGAGGCCAUACAGAACAUACUCGGAGGUAACAGUGCUUCCGCGGUGCCUCUGGCGAAAAAAUCGAGUUCGCGCAACACAAGCCGGAGCCUGCGAGCUCAGGAUGAGGAAUCAUCGGUUUCGGCUCGACCGGUGACUUGCAGUCCCACCACGGUUUUGGGCUCGGAGAGAUCGACCGAUACCAAGUCCACCCUCAAGCUCGGGGACACUUGCCGCGAUAACGAUACGGUUACGCCUGUGAAAACCACUUCGACGUUCUCGAGCAAAAGACGACGGUCGCGCACGGCGAAGAGGACAGGCGGCCAGGAGCUGCACCUGCUGCGGCAAUUGAACGUUGAUAAAAAGUACCUGCAGAGCCUUCUGAAACGACCAGGAAAAAUGCCAAAGGUAAAAUCAAAAGACAAGAAUCCAGAACGAGCGAUGAAGGAGUCGGAGCACGGUUACGUGCACGCGGUCUCGGGGCCAGUCAUCGUGGCUAACAACAUGCUGGGCAGCGCAAUGUACGAGAUAGUCAAAGUCGGGCACCAGCAGCUCCUCGGCGAAGUCAUUCGGCUCAACGGGGAUACGGCUACCAUACAAGUGUACGAGAACACGAGCGGUCUCACGGUCGGCGAUCCAGUGUUGCGCACGGGCAAACCCCUCUCAGUGGAACUAGCUCCGGGCCUCCUGGGUGGGAUCUACGACGGCAUCCAGCGGCCCCUCCGAGACAUCCAACAGAACACCGGCUCCGUGUACAUUCCCAGGGGCAUCGGGCUGCCGGCCAUCUCGAGGACGACGCUCUGGGAAUUCCACCCGGUCAAGUUGAAGGGCUGCACGUGCCUGACCGGCGGCGACAUCAUCGGCCACGUCUACGAAAACAAAUUGGUCAGGCAUAGGGUCAUGGUGCCGCCAAACGGCCGAGGAAAGUUGACGUACCUGGCGACGUCGGGCUGUUACAGCGUGACCGAGCCGAUAGCGCAGCUCGAAUUCGAGGGCGCGACGAGCAGCGUCGCUAUGUUGCAAACCUGGCCGGUACGCCAGCCAAGACCUUACGCCGAUAAGCUGCGACUGGAGCGACCGCUGCUGACCGGCCGGCGGAUCUUGGACGCGUUGUUUCCGUGCGCCCAGGGAGCCAAUACCGCACUUCCCGGUGCGUUUGGCUGCGGGAAAACUGUCAUAGCCCAGUCGCUCUCCAAGUACUCGAAUUCGGACGUUAUCGUGUACGUUGGUUGCGGCGAGCGCGGCAACGAGAUGGCCGAAGUGCUCAAGGACUUUUCCGAGCUCAUGCUGCAGUUUGACGACUUUAGAGAAUCAGUGAUGAAGCGCACGAUGCUGGUGGCAAACGCGUCCAACAUGCCGGUGGCGGCGCGCGAAGCCUCGGUCUACACGGGCAUCACGCUGGCCGAGUACUUCCGCGACCAGGGCUACAACGUCUCGAUGAUGGCGGACUCGACCUCGCGCUGGGCCGAGGCUCUCCGCGAGAUCGGAGCCCGGCUGGGCGAGAUGCCGGCGGAUUCGGGCUACCCGGCUUACCUGUCGGCCAGACUCGCCGCGUUCUACGAGCGAGCCGGGAGGGUCGAUUGCCUCGGCAACCCGAGACGCGAGGGCUCGCUGAGCUUGAUCGGGGCGGUCUCACCGCCCGCGGGUGACCUCUCGGACCCGGUGACCAGCGCCACCCUGGGCGUCGUGCAGGCCUUCUGGGCGCUGGACAAGAGACUCGCCGAGCGAAAGCACUUCCCUGCGGUCAACUGGCUGACGAGCUACACACGCUGCCUCGCACCUCUAGGCGAUUACUACGAGUCGCGGUUCCCGGGUUACCUGGACCUUCGCGCGAGGGCCUUGGCGAUGUUGCAGCAGCACCAGGAGCUGAGCGAGCUGAUGCAGCUGGUCGGCCGAGGAUCCUUGUCCGAGCCCGACAGGGUCUUGCUGGACGUCGCCAAGCUGCUGAUAGACGAUUUUCUCCAGCAAAACGAUUUCUCGGCCCACGAUCGGUUCUGCCCCUUUUACAAGACCCACGCGAUGCUGCGCAACAUUAUUGGCUUUUACGAGCUCGCCAGCAAAGCCGUCAUCGGGGGUGGGUGCCGAAAGGAGCUCACCUGGGACGCUUUGAGGGAGAGGAUGAGAAAUAUCCUGCACAGACUGAGCAUUAUGAAGUUCCUUUGUCCGAGGCGGGACGGCGAGAAGCUCAUUAGAAAGGAGCUCGAUGAUUUGUACGCGGAUUGCAAGAGUGCUUUCGAAGAAUUCUACGUUAAGGCAGCUCAUCAGGAUUCGGCUCAACACAUUACCGUACAUGCCGAGGAAGGUAUCAACUUUCUCAAGUCCCGACAAGAGUUUUGGAGGCAGCAGCAGGUGAAUACAAAGGUGUAA